AUGGAUGGCAAAAGAACUAAUAAAAACAAACGUCCAACUCCAAGUGGUGAUGUGCCGAUUGAGAGUGCGGAUGAGGUAGUAGACUAUGGCGUUUAUAAAGGCGAAUGUUAUGAAGGCGAAGAGUUACAACAAGACGGAAAACCAUUUCAGUGGACCUGUGAUGCAACUACACUUAAGUUUUUGAAAGAAUACUUUAAACCAAGCUUCUUGUCAAGUGUGGGUAACAAUGUGGUACUAAUUGAGAGAUUGACUAGGGCUUUUUUUAUGUAUUGUUUGGGGACAUUUUUCUUAUCUAAUGCAAAUAACUACAUUUAUGUUGGAUGGUUGGCUUCAUUUGAAAAUGUUAAGGAUGUUGGAGAUUAUGACUGGGGUGUUUAUGCUUUUGCCUACUUGUAUAUAUCUCCAAAUUUUUCUAGCAGAAACAUGAAGUUGUUAAAUGGGCCCAUCCAGACAUUAGAGUUUUGGGGGUAUGAAUAUCUCGGCAUAUGUCGACCAUCUCCCAAUCUUCCCAAAGAUACAGAUCCAAAUACCAUAUGGCCUGGAGAAAAAAAAAAACGAAACACUUUUGUCAUCGUUACCCCUAGCAUUGCACUAGAAGGUCUCAUUGCAGAUAAUGUAACAUGGCACCCGUGGGCGUCUUCCAGGACAUUGUUAGAUUAUGAUGGUGUACUCAUGGAUUUAGUUCUUUCGAAAAGAAGAGUUGGAUUUGGUCAUCUUAUAAAGUCUAUCCAGUAUUUGGGAGAUCGUUGUUGGAGGAAAAAUCACCCUUUAUUUUAUAUCUUUAAUAACCCACCCCAGAAAGAAUAUUUGUACGCGGAUAGGGAGAUUGUGGAGAAUCAGUUGGGAGAUAAUGUUUGGCCUGAUGCUACAGACUUUGUAAAUAAGGUGUCAUAUGAUGUGGAUAUGGAGUAUUGGCAGCAGGUUAGGAGUUUUGGAGUAACCGUCGGUACAGUUGAUUAG